AUGCCGGAUGACGAAUAUCGGACGAAAUAUUCCGCAGCACAAAAAAUGCAAUUGCUAAAAUCACAACAAGCCAAAUUGGAAAUUCGUGCAAUGCCUGCACAUUCACAAUUAAAACUUAAAGAAUAUGACAAGAAAGCAAAGAAACGAAAGAAGAAAAUAACAAAAACAAGCAGUUCAUCGAAAUCAAAAGUAUCAUUAGCGUCAGCUGGUAGCAGUGCCGCUAUCCCACGAUCAUCAUCACAUAAAAGUGAUAUACAGCUUCCAACAUCGAAAGAUGAAGAAGAAAAUGCUCGGAAAUGGAAAUAUCGAACGAAAUACAUUUAUGAAGCUGAACGCAUUUCAAUAAAACUUAAAGAAAUUGCUACAGAAUGCGAAAAAGAUAUUGAAUUACGCAUAAUAAUGGAUGAUAUUGUUACAAGGAUAGAUGUAAGAAUUAUAUAA